AUUGGCUUUAUAUCAAGAAAAGAAUUAACCUAGCAGGGUUACAGGGCCUUGUUCCGAUUUGCUUCUUCGUUUUCGGAGAUGGGGAAAAUACGGGUGGAGGUGUGCCUGAUUUCUGCUCGUGGGCUUAGGCGAACGUCUUGUUUGUGGAAGCUUCAGUGGUUUGCUGUUGGAUGGAUUGGUUCCGAGAAUAAGUACUGCACCAUAAUUGAUGCCUCGGGUAAUUCAAACCCCGUUUGGAAGACGAAACUCUCAACGGCGGUUGAAGAAUCUUCUGGAACGGGGUUUCAAGAAUUGGCGCUAAAUGUCGAAGUUUACAGCAGGGAGCCUGUUUUUCUUAGGGAAAGCCUAUUGGGAUCUGCAACUAUUGCUCUGAAGGAAUUUUUGGACAAGUACGAUGUUUCGAAGCCUGUUGAAGAAAUGGGGAGCUUUCAGCUUAGGAAGAAGAAUUCGAACAGACCUGUAGGAUUUAUUGAUGUCUCGAUCCGAGUUUCCGAAGAAAAAAAGGAAGAGCCCGGUUCAUCACAUCUAGGUGGCAAUGAAAUUGAAGGAUUUAAUUUAACAGAUUUCAGUGGAGGCAUUAAUCUUCUGCCUCGACCUCGGCAGCUACCACCGCAGCCGCCUCCGCCACCGCCACCGCCUCCAUCGAAUGUGGGAUAUACUCCUAGUUUUUUUCCGAUGACGAAUAACUUCGCCUCUAGUAGCUACUUAAACAUGCCGUCUUCUGUGGCAGCGCCACCUCAGCACCGAGGUGGGCCCGGCUUUGGGGUGGGGGUGGGUGCGGGGGCGUUAGCAGCUGGAGCGUUAAUCUUCGGUGACGAUUUCAUGUCGGGAUUUGAUGCAAGUGGUGCUGCAAGAGAUGCUAGUGCUACAAUAUCAACAUAUCCUCGUUUUCAGUAGCAUUUUCUUACCAAUUUCAGUUUGUAAUUUUUCAGUUCUUGGAGUAUUUUGUGAUGAACUUCUUCUGUAAUUUCAUUUUAUAUAUUUAAUGGCAAUUUUGUUAUUUGAG